AUGACACCCAUACAAGCUGCUUUUGCUGUAGUGAACAAGAAUUUGAGACCUGCUAUCCCUGAUGAUUGUCCCCUUGCCAUGAGAGCUUUGAUUGACCAAUGUUGGUCUGUGCAACCGGACAAGAGGCCUGAGUUUUGGCAGAUUGUGAAGGUAUUAGAGCAGUUCGAGUCUUCUCUUGCUCGUGAUGGAACCCUGAAUCUAAUACAAAAUCCAACAUGUCAAGAUAAUAAGGGAUUACGUCAUUGGAUUCAAAAACUUGCUCCCUUGCAUCAUAAUACAUCAUCCAUUCCUAAACCUAAAUUUUCUUGA